AUGGCUCACCAGAUGGACGCAAUGGAAUACGGUGCAGCACAAUCGCAACCCCAGGAGCAAUCACACGUCCAGGCGCAACAACAGUUGCAAUAUCACGGCGGGGUGCCCGAGGGUAAGCCAGUCGUUAAACGAAUUGACUCCACAGGGAGCACCGGCCAACCUGCUACACCCAGAAUGCUCAGAAAUGUGAGCGGGUCCUUGAAGAACUCAAGGACUGAUGUCACACUCAGUGAGUACGUGGAUAACCCGGCACAAGACUUCGGGCAACUGCUUCAACUGCACUUGCAGCAGCACCAGCAACAGCAACAGCAACAGCAACAGCAGCAACAACAAAAUCAACAACAUCAACUAAAACCGCAACAAAAUCUGAAGUACGCUCCCCAACCUCAUAGUCGAACACAUAGCAUAAAUAGGCUGCCCAGUGCUCAAAAGAAGCCUGAGUUGCUACCACCUGCAUCGAUUUCGUCCCCACAAGAACAGAAAAAGGCAUCCAAUCAUCCACAGUCAUCUGGCCAAGCUCAAUCGCACUCUAAUCAAUCCGGCCAAGGCCACUCUCAGUCAAGUCAACCUACCGCCCUGUCGGGCCAUACGGGCGAAGGAGGCCAGACUCAGCAAUUCCACCGUAAAUCGAUUGGUGAUUGGGACUUCAUCAAGACUAUUGGUGCAGGCUCCAUGGGUAAGGUUAAGUUAGCACAACAUAACACCACAGGUGAAGUUUGUGCAGUGAAAAUCGUUCCACGAGCAGCCAAACUAUUCCAAAGAGCGCAUGCAAAUGAUCCACCAGUUAUGAAUCCUCAGGCAACUGCUCAAAGACAGAAAGACUUCGAGAAAGAAGUUGCUAGAGAUAAGAGAACUAUAAGGGAAGCAGCAUUGGGUAGAUUGUUGUUCCACCCCUUUAUUUGUAGGCUAUACGAAAUGGUACCGAUGACAAACCACUACUAUAUGUUGUUUGAAUACGUGGAAGGUGGACAGAUGUUGGAUUAUAUUGUCUCACACGGUUCAUUGAAAGAGAAAAAUGCCAGGAAAUUUGUUAGAGGCAUUGCCCUGGCGUUAGACUACUGUCACAAGAAUAGUGUGGUUCACAGAGAUUUGAAAAUUGAAAAUAUUAUGAUUAAUCAAAAGGGUGACAUUAAAAUUAUUGAUUUUGGAUUAUCAAAUUUGUAUUCACCCACGACAUUGUUAAAGACUUAUUGUGGGUCCCUUUACUUUGCAGCUCCAGAAUUAUUGAGCGCCAGACCUUAUACUGGACCUGAGGUAGAUAUAUGGUCUUUUGGGGUGGUUUUAUAUGUAUUAGUUUGUGGUAAAGUUCCAUUUGACGAUAAGAGCGUCUCAGUACUUCAUGAGAAGAUAAAGAGAGGUAACGUGGAAUAUCCGGAAUUUUUGUCAAAAGAAUGUGUUAGCUUGUUAUCUAGAAUGUUGGUUGUUGAUCCGUUGAAAAGAGCUACAUUGUAUGAAAUUAUGCAACAUCCAUGGAUGAAUAGGGGCUAUGACCACACAGUCUCAUCUUAUAUUCCCAAGAGAGUGCCCUUAACUUUGCCUUUGGAUCCAAUGAUAGUUAAGAAUAUUGCAUCUUUUGACUUGGGAACUGAACUGGCAAUUACUCAAGAAUUGACAAAUAUCUUGACCAGCGAGGAAUAUCAAUUGCUGUGUGAAAAUUGGUACAAGAUGGCCAAACAGGGCCGGGAGUACAACUCUGCAUCAAAUAGUCACGUAUUACCUGAUCCAACGGCAGGAUUCCAUCCACUAAUUAGUAUUUACUUUUUAAUUGAUGAGAUGAGGAAAAGAAAGUUGGCCAAGGAGCAAGCUAUUGAGUUGCAAAGGCAACAGAGAGAGGUUCAACAAAGAGGGCAGCAACAAAAGGAGCAAUUGCAAAUAUUGCAACAACAAAAGCAGGAGGUCCAAAAUACUCAAGACCAACACCAAUCUCAACAACUGCACGUACCUGUUACUCCUCAGAUACCUGUGACUCCUCAAAUACCUCAACUCAACCCUUCACAAAUCGUCACACCCCAACAGGCCAAUUUGGAGAAGCCAGAGCGUACACAAUAUACUCCAGGAACCCAGCAACAACAACCUUUGAUCUCAUUUCCCGAAGCUGCGCAUACAUCAACUACUUCAACUGGUUACUCGAAACGCUCACAAUCUCCCACUGACUCUCUGCAAGUUAUUCCCGAGCAGCAGCCAUCUUCACCUAGAAAUUCUGCUUUCAUUCCAGAUACAUUGGAUCCAAAUGCUGGAAAGGGCACUGGAUUCAAUUCAAUUCUCAGGCGCUUAUCAACAAAAUCGAAGAAUACUCCUCCGCAAAGAACAUCUUCCAAUUCGCACUCUAACUCGCCUAAUAAGAAUUCAGGAGAGUUUAACUUCCCUAACAAUGUACCACCUAUUCCUAUGAUCACUACUACUCCACUGGACUCACAUUCUUCUCAAUCACCAUUUAGAGUUGACCCAAUGGUUCGUCGUGGGGUCAGUAUGAAAAUUACUGCAAAGGAAAAGCUGUCAGGCUCUAGAAUCAACCUUUCCUCUCCAAAGAAAGGAGAUUCAGAAAGUAGAGAAUCAGGCGUUGAAACCUCACCUACUAAAAAUGCUACGAGUGAAAACAAUAAUAAUGAUGAUAAUAAUAAUAAUAAUAAGGCUGAACAACAAUUACGGGUUAACACCAACAUGCCAUUUGUUGAUCCAGCUAAGCAUAUCCGCUCUUCAUCAGCAACAACUACUAAUAACCCGUCGAAUAAAUUUCUGGGUUUCGUACCAGUUGAAUAUCUUCCACCAUUACCAAAUAUUAAUAACUUGACUCCAACUACAUUGACUAGAGGAGAUGCUGCAGGAAAUAUCAAGAAGUUACAUCCAACUGCUAGAGCGAAAUCUGUAGGGGGACAUCUCAGGAAAGACAGUUACAGCCAGAGAGUGCCUCCUGGCCAAGGCGAUAACCAUCAUCCUCCUUUACCAAAUGCCUUGGCUUCACAAAAUAGUGACGAAAUUAUUGAAGCAUACUUUGAUGAUGUCACUUUGAAUGAUUAUUCAGAUUUACCUCCACAAUUGAGUGAAGAGCAAAUCAUUGACCAGUUCAAUAAUGCUAAGCAAGGUACGAUGCCUUCUAUUGAAUAUCCUAAGACUUUGUUCUUGAAGGGUUUCUUCAGUGUUCAAACCACUUCAACAAAGCCUUUACCUGUUAUUCGUUACAAUAUUAUUAGCGUAUUGAGCAAGUUGGGAGUAAAAUACCAAGAAGUUAAGGGCGGUUUCAUUUGUUCACACAACCCAUCAUUGCAAGAAUAUGCUUCGGCUACUCCAACCAUAACUAUUGCCCCUGAAGAAAAGGAUUUAUACGGAGAUGCGUUCAAAUCAACAUCUUCUUCUAUUGAAAGGUCGACAUCUAUCGGUGGAGCUCCUGUACGUAUUAAUACACCUGAGCAAGAAAAAACUGUUGCAAGACAACCAUCAUUAAACUUGCACACACAUGGCCUCUCGUCGCCAACUAGUGAAGUUAAGUCACACAGGUCCUCUAAUUCUAUUGGAGGCGGUAACGGUCAUAGAAGGAAGUUUUCUAUUGGUCAAUCUAUUUUGACUUCGUACCGUAAGAAGAAUGGAUCUCAAGUUGCCAUGCCUCCUAACACCCCUGCAACUACUAAAGUCGGUCGUGGAUUGUACCCUGAUGGGGAUGGUGAUGACAUUGGUGAUGACGAUGAUGCAGAAAAUUCUAGGCAUGAUGAUGGCGAUUCUGUUGACUCGUUGAAUGGUAUCAUGAUUGGGGGUGGCAGUGAUAUGUUAGUUUCCUCUAGGUUGGAGCAUAAAGCCCGUCACCAGCACACCCCAAGUAAUGCUAGUGCAAAUGCUAGUGGUAAUGGUAGCCACAGCGGCAAGUCACCUCUUAAGUUUGAAAUUCUUGUAGUUAAAGUGCCUUUGGUUGGUCUCUAUGGUGUUCAAUUCAAAAAGAUUUUAGGUAACACUUGGAACUAUAAAACUUUAGCUGAUGAAAUUUUGAAUGAUUUGAAUUUAUAG